GUUCAAGACAUGUUAUCUUCUGUUAUUUUAAAUUUACAAUUUUGUAUUAUACUAUUAUUAUUUUAAUUAUUUUAAUUGUUGAACGAUCAUUAUGAAAGUGCCUUAUGGUUAUUGUGACUUUCGUGUUGAGCGAGUUAACGAUAGUAUUAUCAAUACCUUCAUUGAAUAUGGGUACACUUUGAUUGCAGUAAAUACCACUGUGAAUUGUUCACUGCUAGGUGUUGGAAAUUCUAAUAGAAAAAAAAGGAAAAUUGCAGAAUGUAAUGGUGAAAAUAAUGAAGAAAACGAUUGGGUACCAACUCCCAAGGUCAUAAAUUUCAAUUCCCAAAAUUUUAAAUUAUAUAAUAUUCUUGCAGUAGAACCAUUGAAUGAUCAAGUUUUUCAGGACAUAUUGACUUUAUCAUCUAUUGAUAUAAUAAAUUGUAAUUUUAAAACAUCUAUAACUCCAAAGCAGUAUACAAUUGCAAUAGAAAAAAACAUUUAUUUUGAAGUAUCUUAUGGACCUAUGUUAGUAAAUUAUGUCGCCCGUCAAGAUGUUUUAAGUUUGGCUCAUCUUUUGCAUAUAAAAGGAAAAUCAAAAAAUAUUAUCGUUUCAAGUGCAGCAGUUAAUAAAUUAGAUAUACGUAAUCCUCAUGAUGUGAUGAAUUUAGGUAUUUUACUAGGCCUUUCAAGUAAACAGUCCAAAGAAUCAAUCACACAAGGGUGUUAUUCGAUUAUAUUACAGAGCUACGGGAGAAAAAUAGGAAAGUCAGCAAUUAAUAUGGUGCCAAGAACAAUCACUUCAUAAUACAACAAAUAAUUUACAAAAAUUAUAUAUAUUUAAUAAUGUUGUUUUUUUUUGAAAAAAAAUAUUGUUUGAUGUAUAAUUUUUACCAAUGGAGAAUAAGCUCUUAGAAUCAAAAAUGUUAAUAAUUUGAUUAAUUUAAGAUUUUUUAUUUCAGCACAAAAAUGUAACUAUUUAUGCAUUUUUAAGAUAAAUUGAACUGAAAUCUAACGUAUAUAAGUGAUUUUUUAGGUAUUUAUAAAUUGCCUGGUAAAAUUAGUUCAACUCUAUUAUUUGAUUAUUAAUGUAGUCUUAUUUUAUAAUAAAUAAUUAUUGUAGUUUUUUUUUACAUUUUUGUUUAUUUAUGACCACAUUACUCAAAAUUAAUUUAAGUUGUACUGUGUAUUAUUAGUUUAUAAAUUUAAUAUUUAAUAAUCGUUUAAAAGGUAAUUGAAUAGUGGUAAAGAAAUAUAAUUUAAAUAUUAGUAAUAUUAUAAUUAACUCCUCUUUAAAAAAUGUAUGGAUACAGUAGUGAUUGUAAGAAAUAGUAGUAUCAACUAUACCUAAUCAUACUAUAUUAUGUUUUAAAAAUUUUCCUACAUUGUACAAUAGCUACUGUUUUAUUAGAAUCAUAAUUUAAGAUACAUUUUAUAUUGUGAUUAGGACAUAUUAAAUAAUAUAAUAAAAAAUAGCAGCAGACUGCUGAUUGCAGACAGCAAUUAUGGCAGUCCUGGCGGCUGGCACGGCUCAUAACAUAUAAUUAAUACUCAAUGUACAGCAACCGGCGUUGAGCAUGUUUUUAUUGUUUUUGUUAUUGACACUGAUGGCUAAUCAAAUGCUUGGAUAUCAAUAUCUAAUACAAAAAAUACAGUACUAUAAGUGAAAAACAAAAUAAUAUUCAAAAUAAAUAAUUAAAAUAAUUAGUGUGAAUAGCAAAUAGCAAUAGUGUAAUUUAGAUGAGAGUAAUGAAUGCAUAGA